AUGACCUCCUCUCACCCUCCCGCCCGAUUCACACUCCUCAAGCGCCGCCCCGACCUCGCCAGGGAGCAGUACAACGAGCACUGGCACGGCAUACACGGCAGCCUGCUCGCCUCGCUCCCCGACUUCCGCCGCGCCCACCACACCUACAUCCAGAACCACCUGUGCGACGCGCCCGCCUCCCUCGCUCACAAAGUGGCCCCCAACCCAACGUGGGACGGGUUCGCGCAGACAUUCCAAAACCUGCACGAGGGCGGUGCCGUCGUCGACUUCUUCGACCAGCCCGACUUCACCAACCACGUGCGGCCCGACGAGGAAACCUUUCUCGACUGGGCCGCGAGCACGACGACUACACCGAGGAGCGCGUGGUCAAGGACGGUCCUAGGGCGGGCGUCAAGUCGAGGGUUCUGGGGCCGCGUGACGAGAUAUACCCAGUACCACGCGAAGCCGGAGCUCUUCCGGGGCUCGUCCGAGAUGAACAAGGAGGACGCCUUUGCUGGCGUGGCGGAGAUCUACUUCAAGUCAAUGGAAGAUCUUGAGGCUGCGCUUGCGGACGCAGAGUAUGUCAACGUGCUUGGCGCUGAUGGCAAGAAUUUUGUUGGUGCGGGAUCACUGGUGUUCUUCACUGAAGACUGGCCCAUGCUCGUCAAUGGCGAGCUUCCGUCCAAGGAGUAG